GUGUCCCGUGAGGAGGCGGCGAGGGGACCCAGCUCGAGUAUCUGCAUUGCAGCCUGAGCGCUGCUGCCGGAAGCCAACACAACAAUGGCGACUCCCAGUCCUGACAGCAACUCGUCCAGCUCCAGCAACAGCUUCAGCAUCGUCGGAUCCACGUCGCACCACUUCCACCCGCAGACCCACAGCAGCAGCAUGCAAGAAAUCAACAGCUGCUGGAGGUGUCAAAAUGAAACAGGUAAACGUAAAGCGUUGAAAUUGAAUUUUGCCAACCCUCCGGUGAAGCCGGCGUCUCGGCUACCACUCAAUCCAACGCCACCUCCCUCCUUCCAGAACCCUCACAUAGAGCGGCUGAGAACGCACAGCAUUGAGUCGUCAGGAAAACUUAAGAUUUCUCCUGAGCAGCACUGCGACUUCACUGCGGAGGAUUUGAGGGACCUCGGGGAGAUUGGCCGUGGGGCGUACGGCUCCGUCAACAAGAUGGUCCACAAACCCACAGGCCAGAUCAUGGCAGUCAAGAGGAUCCGCUCCACUGUGGAUGAAAAGGAGCAAAAGCAGCUGCUGAUGGAUCUCGACGUGGUGAUGAGGAGUAGUGAUUGUCCGUACAUUGUUCAGUUCUAUGGCGCUCUCUUCAGAGAGGGGGACUGUUGGAUUUGUAUGGAGCUUAUGUCUACCUCACUAGACAAAUUUUAUAAAUAUGUAUAUUGUGCAUUAGAUGAUGUCAUUCCAGAGGAAAUAUUAGGCAAAAUAACUUUAGCAACCGUGAAAGCACUGAACCACUUAAAAGAAAACUUGAAAAUAAUUCACAGAGACAUCAAACCUUCCAACAUUCUUAUGGACCGAAAGGGUAACAUCAAGUUGUGUGAUUUUGGGAUCAGCGGCCAGCUGGUGGACUCGAUAGCAAAGACCAGAGAUGCUGGUUGUAGGCCCUACAUGGCACCUGAAAGAAUAGACCCAAGUGCCUCAAGACAAGGUUAUGAUGUCCGCUCUGAUGUGUGGAGCUUGGGAAUCACCGUGUAUGAGCUGGCCACUGGAAGGUUCCCGUACCCCAAAUGGAACAGCGUUUUUGAUCAGCUGACACAAGUGGUGAAAGGGGAACCUCCUCAACUCUGCAACUCUGAGGAGAGGCAGUUCUCCCCCAAGUUCAUCAAUUUUGUUAACUUAUGCCUUACAAAGGACGAAUCAAAACGGCCAAAGUACAAGGAGCUGCUGAAACAUCCGUUCAUCCUCAUGUAUGAAGAGCGUUGUGUGGAUGUCGCCACUUACGUCUGCCGCAUCCUGGAUCAGUUCCCUACCUCUCCAAUCUCUCCCAUGUAUGUGGACUGAGGGAGUCCGGAGAAGGUUGGUUCCACUCUCCGACAGUGCAGCGGACUCACCAUCUGGUCUCCUUAGCAGCUUAGACACACGGUCAAGAAGAGAGGUGCAAUGAAAUACAUAUUGGUUAGCCAACCCUUCACCUUAUUUAACCUCACUUACUGGACACAAAAAGUCAAUCUACCAAAAGAGCGAUGGUGCUCAUGAAAACACACACACAGUAAUUUAUAUACAAGAUGUGCUUGUCAGGGGAAAUGAUGUUUGUCUUGUUUCCUCUCUUCUGUCUUCAAUAUGCAAUCUAUGAGUCUUAGCACACAAUUAGAACAAUGUUAAAUAUGCUCACCAAACGUUUGCCCCACUUUGCGCCUUUAUUGUAAUGUCGGUGUUUUUAAGUCACAAGUAAAUGUAAGAAUUGCAUAUUACUGAGUCACUUAAAUUCUGUGCAUAAUAUUAUUCAGUGUUCACACAUGCAACAUGUAUUGCAAUCGCUCCUCAUCAGUUCACUCCAUCCAUUCGUCGUCUUCUGCUUAUCCAAAGUCGGGUCGCGGGGGCAGCAGCCUAAGCAGAGAGGCCCUGACUUCCUCUCCCCAGCUAGAUCACCCAGGCCUACUCUGUCUGUGUUAGAGCUGAUAAUAACAAUAUCGCUAAUACUUCCAUAUUCAAGUCAAGAAAUGUUGUUGGCCCUUUUUGGAUGUUUAUUUAGAGGGUUUUAUGGGCAGAAUAGAGGACGUCCCAUUGAUUUUCCAUUGUAAGCGGACUUUUAUUCACGAGUUAGAAUGCAUUAAAAAAAUAUUCACCAUUAAUUGGUUGGUUAUUAACAUGCAAAUUAGUAACAUCCAUCCAUCCAUUUUCUACCGCUUAUUCCCUUCGGGGUUUGCGGGGGGGUGCUGGAGCCUAUCUCAGCUACAAUCGGGCGGAAGGCGGCGUACACUCUGGACAAGUCGCCACCUCAUCGCAGGGCCAACACAGAUAGACAGACAACAUUCACACUCACAUUCACACACUAGGGCCAAUUUAGUGUUGCCAAUCAACACAUAUUGGCUCUUAAUUUGUCAUUAUUAAGUACUUAUUAAUGCCUUAUUCUGCAUGGCCUAAUUAUACAACCAGGAAGCCAUUAACUAAGAGUCUUCCCUCAAUAACCUCAGAAUUAUUGCUUAUUAGUAACCCUUAUAUGUUCCCCUAGUGUCCAAAGAACUCUUAAGUUUUUGUUACUUUAAUAAGCAACUAAUUAAUGGUGAAUAUGUUCUCCACACUAAAGUGUUACCAAAAAAUACAUUAAUCUUCUUGUCUUUCAUAAUGAUCGUGAACUUUAGGCAACAUUUAAAACAAAAGAGGGCAGUUCCUCUUUAAUUAGUAUUUGCAACAAGUCUGACUGUAGAAUACACAUCAACUUAUACUUGGAAUAUAUAGUAAAAUUAUUGAAACACUACGCAGAGAUCACUUGAUCAUAGCGGAGUGUAAUCAGGAUUUCAAUUUCAGAGAAAUGCAAAGAUGUGACUUAAAAAUAUCGACGUUACACAAGAAGCACAAAGUGGCUCAUCCGACGCUUGCCUGAUGUAAAGUUACGUGACGUCCACCUCUGAUAAUGCACAGGUGUUUGUAUAUAAGCGCAUCAGAGCUGCUGUUCUCGGCAGGUCGUGUUCAUGGCAAGUCGUGGAGAAACGUGGGAGAAUUGAGUGUCAUGAGCGGCCUGUCCUCGCACUGUGUAGUAGUACGUCUCUUCCACACUGGUCACACCCUGGUGCAUCAGCAGAGACAAGUCGGUGUAACUAUGUGUAUAUUUAUAAAAGAUAUCUUGCCAAGGGGUUUCCUCUUGAUAGAAAAUGGUAUUAAGUUCCAUCAUAUGCCACUGAACAGAUCACUUCUCACUUAAGAUAGCAACUCCAAGCAUGUUGUUCCAUCCAACACUGACUGAUGAUAAAACCCACUUCAGAUGAUAUUACCAGUACUUAGGUCUGGAUCAGUCUACAUCCAAGAUGCCAGAACUCCCUGAAUGUGGUCUGCAGUGGAGGAGCCUUGUAGUGAAGUCAGUGUUCUCUGUUAACCCAUAAGAACCAUCCCUGCUUACACUAACAUGGGGGACGUCACCACAGACCAAACCAAACACAAAGAAGGUAUUUGUGAUGGAUUUUUCUCCCUUGAAAUACUAAUUCAUGUCAGAGAUGUGUGACGUUACAUGGUAAACAUGAACUCAACUUUUAUGUACCACAAAGCAAACAAUAUACUGUAUAUUAUUUUUUUUUAAACAUUGAAUCUGUGACAUUUAUUGUCUUAAAACAGUUGAAUUGUAAUGUUUGACACCCUAGUAUAGCUUGAGGACUGUUAAAUGUACUUAAAAUGAGCUUUAAUGGCAAAUAAACAGUCUUUUUGUAA